UCCAGGAUAAAUUAUUUCAUGUUUGGCUUAGAAUCGUCAACACGAGAAAUAUCAUACUAGAAAAGCGAAUUCAAAUCCGAAAGCUGAAGCACGAGGUCAAAUUGUGUCAAAUUAUCAACCCACAAAUGAAACUGCUUAGUGAAUGGGCAAAAUUAGAGGGUAAAAACUUUGAAGCAGUAGGCAGAGUGACAAGGAAACUAUCAGCAUUGUCAGUCAAACUCCCUCUUGAAGAAGAUGCUAAGGGAGAUGUGGAAUCAGUCUACAUAGCUAUUAGCAAUGCAGCGCAGGUCAUGGAUAGCAUAGAAGGGACCAUAAAUAAAUUCCUCUCCCAGGUCGAGAAAGUCCUUUAUCUGAUUACAGAGCUUUCGAGCACACUGCAAAAUCAAGAUGAAAGCUUGGAGGAAAUGGAGAAAACAAUAACCGUAGUUGCUAAACUAGUGGCAUGGGAGAAAAGUGUGAGAGUACAUCUCUUGCAAAUAGGCCAGGAUUCAGAGGAAGAGGAAGCUGUCUCAAGACAUGAUUAAAUGACAAAAGGACAAGGCUACGUUGAUAUUUCUCUGUUUAGAACAAGAGAUCAGUCCCAUUCCUUUUCCACUAUUUGUACGUGGGCUGUGGAAAUAGG